AUGAGUCCUCUCAAGAGCAUGGCUAACGGGGGCUUCCUUCCCACAGUCAAUAAAAACAGAAAGCCAAAGUUUGAGCUACACCUCAAGAUUUACGACUUAAACAACGUCCCGCUAGUAUCCGGAACAUCAAUAGUAAAAUGGCAUCUCUCGCACUCCAUCCACGCCGAGCACCGGGGACGGACGCCGAAAUGCCCCAUCUCCAACCACAAGGUUGAGUACAACUACUCCAAGAUGGUCAGCCACAUUCGGAUCAGUAUCGACAAAAACAACAACUUGACCGAGUGUCCCAUCGAAUUCGAGGUCUUGCAGGAGUUUCCGGGCACCGGCCGCGAGGAAAAGAUCUCCCUUGGCAUCGUCAAGCUCAACCUCAGCGAGUACGUCGAAGAGAGUGACGCCCCAAUCACGGAUGAUCCGGACGUCGUGGAUGGCAUCGUCAGGCGCUACCUCAUGCAGGAGAGCAAGAUCAACAGUACUCUAAAGAUUGGAAUCCUGAUGCUUCAGCUCGACGGCGACAAGAACUACUCUGCGCCCCCUCUGAGGACUGCGCCUGUCUUUGGAGGGAUCGCCGGCAUCGUGGCCGGUGAAUCGGUUGAACAAGACGACGCUGGACAGCUGCCGAGCAUGGCCAAAUCCCGCGAUGCCUCCGAGGUGCAAGACAUGUACCGCCGCACCCUCGCAGCUUCCUGGUCCUGCCAGCCUGACGAACUUCCUGCUGACCAAUGCAUCGAAGACAUCUUCUCCGGCGGCGAUGGCUGGCGGACAGGCCGCCAGGGACGUACCGGCAAAAAGACGGCCACAUUCGACCUUGAAAACGGUGGUUCCCUCAGUUCCGAUGAGGGCACCAUGGGCGGCACCCUUCGUCCUUCGGAUUUCCGUAAAAUGGAACGGAAGCAGCAACAAGCGCAGCAACAGCAACAGCAACAGCAGGAGCCGCCUCAGCAGGACCACCUCCACCUCCACCGCCUACACAAUGGUCACCGACAUCACUCCCGCAACAAUAGUGGCUCCAGCGAAAGGAGCAUGACGACCGUCGUUACUGGUCGCGGCGACGCUGCCAGCAGCACCGCUGGGGCGAGCAAUGUUGCUCGUCGGGGGUCUCACAGUCGCUUAAGGGGCCGAGAGGGGGAAGGCGGUACCAGUCGACGCAGCUACGGCCGAUCGAGGAGCCGCAGCGGCAGCAUCGUGAGCCUAGCGCCGACUAUGGGCAGCAGCGACCGUGGACGCGAGGCGUCGAGACGAAAUAGAGAGCUUGAGGAAUUCAACGUGCGAGACGAUCUCGUCGCCUGGAGGUUGCCCGGUGCUGUCACAUAA